CGUGGUGUUAUGCCUUCCUCGAGCCCCCCAAGAAUGACACAGCGAGAGAGAAACCCAUGCGCUGAUUUUUGAAUGCAGUGCUGAAUUGCUUGCACAGAUGCCAAACUGCCUGCCUCUCCCUAGCCUUCUCUUUGCGGACGAGGGAGGCAUCUGAAACGUGAAAUCCUGGGAUUUUCCAUAGCCAAGAGGGCUGGGACCACAAGCUGCAAAUUUCAGCGGAUCAGCACAUAUCGGAAAUCUUCCAAGAUUGCAAAUCUGGGAGUUGCUCUGGGAUGGCCCAGCCAGUUUGGGACAAUUUGCAGCACGGGCCUUGAGCAUCGGGUCAAAGAAGCAGAACCGUAGUCGAACACAAGUGAAGGUGCAAUCAGAGGCGGGGGUGUUUUUCUUGCCAACUAACCCAAAAUGUUUGGGACUUUAAAGAGCAAACAUUGAAUCGGGGACAAAUGCGCACAAAGGAUUCAUGGGAGCGAUGCUUCAAUACGCAGCGAUUCCUUCUCUGCGGUUAUGUUCGGUAAUGAAAUCAAAAUGAAUAUUAAUAAGUUGCAAAGAGCAACUAGCUAAAAGGAUUCAGGAUGAUGCAAGCCACCGGCAGAAGGAAGGUAUGUUCCAGAAUUAGAAGACACCCCUGAUGUCUUGAUUUCUGCCGUCUCCUGAGAAAAAUACCAAGACGCAAAUCUCCUAAAGUGACCAUCCUCAAUGUGCAGGAAUAUUUGCUGUCUCUUCUUAUGUGCAUGGAGGGAGAUCCCUGCUUCAGUUAGCAUUGCUGGCAGAGUCUAUGAAAAUCAGGUUUUGGCAUUGAAAAGACAUGAAAAAUAAGGGGGCGUGCAGAGACAUCAUGAAAAACACAAGAGGGAGGAAUCGAUCUGACUAAACCCAGUGUGCAGGUCCGUAAGGACAGAGAUUUGUGGAUAUAAUUUUAUUCCACCAGAGAAACCCGAGAACUAGGUGCGGAGGGUGGGAAGUCACAGCAAGAUUCCAAUCUCUGCCCCACGUCUAGCAGGAAAUUCCUUUCUGCGGCCCCCCAUCAUGCCUACCUCCAACCCCGGAGCGGAGUACUGGAUUGACGGGUCCCACCGCAACUCUGCCCUGGAGGACUUCUACACGAUGGGCCAGGAACUAGGAAGGGGUGCCACUUCCGUGGUGUACAGCUGUGAAGAGAAAGGAACCCACACGCAGUACGCGGCCAAAAUCCUGAAGAAGACGAUUGACAAAAAGAUUGUACGGACGGAAAUCGGCGUCUUACUGAGGCUUUCGCACCCCCACAUUAUCAAACUGAAGGAGAUCUUCGAAACGCCCUCCGAGAUUGUGCUCAUACUUGAACUAGUGACGGGAGGAGAGCUCUUUGACAGGAUUGUAGAGAGAGGAUUCUACAGCGAAAGAGACGCAGCCCAUGUGGUCAAGCAGAUCCUAGAAGCUGUAUCUUAUUUGCAUGAAAAUGGAGUCGUCCACCGUGAUCUGAAACCAGAGAAUCUCCUGUACGCAGACCUUUCCCCAGAUGCCCCUCUAAAAAUCGGUGAUUUUGGAUUGUCCAAGAUAGUGGACGAGCAGGACACCAUGAAGACUGUUUGUGGUACUCCGGGAUAUUGCGCGCCUGAGAUUCUCCAUGGCUGUCCGUAUGGCCCCGAAGUGGAUAUGUGGUCUGUGGGUGUCAUAACGUAUAUACUGCUUUGUGGGUUUGAACCAUUUUUUGAUCCAAGAGGGGACCAGUACAUGUACAGCAGGAUACUGAACUGUGACUAUGAGUUUGUUUCCCCUUGGUGGGAUGAAGUCUCCCUCAAUGCCAAGGACUUGGCUGUCAUCCCGUUGAGAAUGCCCUAA